AUGAUCUGCGACGUCACGCCCCUCGACCCUAGCUCCAAUGGCGUUUGGCCUGCUCCUAACUUCACAGAUCCUAAUAUAAACGUUCAUUUCUGGAACCAUGCGUUUCCACACUUACAGUUAAUAUUUCUCGUCAUUUCUUUCCUAUGGCAAUUCUUGCACUUCUUUCUCAAGCGUCUCGGCAUGAUACGUUUCACGUCCCAUAUGCUUACUGGUGUGCUUUUAAGCAAAUCAUUUAUAAAUGAGAAUACAGCUGCGAGGAGAUUCUUUGCUUCAGAGGAUUACAAAGAGAUUGUGUUUAGUCUUGUUUCCGCUUGCUCUUACAUGAUGUUCUGGUUCUUGAUGGGAGUUAAAAUGGACAUGGGUUUGAUCCGAACCACUGGGAGGAAAGCUAUCACCAUUGGUCUCUCCUCUGUGUUACUCUCCACUAUUGUUUGUUUCGUUAUCUUUUUCGCAAACUUGAAAGACGUGGAAAACAAGAAAUCGGAUAAUAAUAAUACGCUUAAUUCUUUGGAAACGGUUGUGGUUUACUCGAUACAAUGCCUUUCAUCGUUCCCUGUCGUUGGAAACCUUCUCUUCGAGCUCAGGCUACAGAACUCAGAGCUAGGUCGUCUCGCCAUCUCUUCUGCUGUCAUAUGCGACUUCAGCACAUCUGUUAUCACUUCAUCACUCAUCUUCAUGAAGGAGCUCAAGGACGAGCAAACACGGCUCGGAAGCUUGUUUAUAGGAGAUGUAAUCGCUGGGAACCGUCCUUUGAUGCGAGCAGGGGUAGCUGUUCUCUUUGUUUGCGUUGCCAUCUAUAUUUUCAGACCGUUGAUGUUCUACAUUAUUAGAAAAACACCUUCUGGUCGGCCCGUCAAGACAAUCUACCUAGCUACAAUCAUCGUCAUGGUCUCUGGAUCAGCCAUACUUGCCAACUGGUGCAAACAGUCUAUUUUCAUUGGACCAUUCAUUUUAGGUCUAGCUGUUCCUCAUGGCCCUCCUCUAGGCUCAGCCAUCAUUCAAAAGUUCGAGGCAGCUAUAUUCGGCACUUUUCUUCCGUUUUUCGUUGCAUCAUCUUCAAGUGAGAUUGACAUUUGGGCUUUACUUGAUUGGAAUGCACUCAAUGGCAUUAUAUACAUCAUGGUAACAUCUUUCGUCGUCAAGUUCAUCUUGACCACUAUUCCUGCUUUGUUCUAUGCUGCCUAA